GUCUUUAAUACAGCGUAUGAUUACAACAGUGGCGAUAAAACAUUUUAUAUUUAUUUAUUUAUUUUUUGCCCAGAGAUGUGCCACUUGCCUUGACAUCAUGUAUUUUUGAUUUGUUUAGCUUUUUUUAAAGAGAACCGAAAAAGAGGAUAGCUUGUCAAAAUUAGCGCAAAAGUGAGACAACAGCAAAACCAAGUGAUGAAAAACUUGCGAAGGCUUCUUAUGUUGUUAGGCAAGCGUGAACUUUUUUCUUCGCCGAGCCAUGCACAAGUUGUCAUGACGACAGGGAUGUUCCGCUGAUGAAGUCUUACUCGUUGUCCAAUCAGAUUGUGGAACUGAAACUGCAGCAUGAACAGGAGCAGACGCACCUACUCCAGACACACAAUGCUGAGAAGGACAGCCUGGUCCAGGACCACUAGUGGGAAAUCAAUAGUUUGGACAAACAGGCGAGGGCCACCAUGGUCCAGCACCAAACGCAAACCCAGGAGUGGAGGAGGCGCAAUGCUCAGACCAUCUCUGAUCUGGAGGACCAGGUGCAUUCUCUGAGGAAGGAGCUGUGGGCAGCCCACAGUCAGAGGAAACAGCAGCCGACAGAGUUGUGUGUGCUGCGGGAGGAGGAGCGACAGCCGGCCUCUCAGGACCAGCAAGCAGCUCUGGAUCGGCUGCGGGCCGAGAUGGAUCAGGUGUGGCAGGACCUGGAAAGAACCCACAAGGUGGAAAGUGAGCUGGCCCAAGAAAAGGUUUGUGUGUAGUUCAGACAGAA